AUGUCUGACGAAAAGACCACCGCUGCCGCUCCUGCUGCUACCGCCGAGAAGCAGACUGAGGCCCCUGCUCCAGCUGCGGCCCCGGCCAAAGCUACCGAGGCGCCCAAGCAGGCCGAGGUCAAGGCCGACAACAAGUCCGCCGACGUCGGCGAAAAGCGCAAGGCCGAAGAUGCACCUGCUCCCGCUGGCGAAAAAGCCAAGGACGGCGAGAAGGAAGCGCCCACCGCCGAAAGCAAGGGUAAAGGCAAGAGCGAGGUGACCGAGGAAGAGGCGAAGGCUUUGGAGAAGGAAGAGGACCCGGAGGAGGACAACUUUGACAACCUCAUUAUCGAGGGACCACGAAAGAGAAGGAAGGUCAACUAUGCUUCGGCGGAAGCCAUCAAGGCUGCCGGAGUCUCGGCUGACGACGACGAUGAGGAUGACGAGGACGAGGAUGCCAACCCCGAGAGCCCGGAUGAGGAUGAUGAAGAGCCCAAGGAUGAUGACGAGGAUGAUGAGGAUGACGAGUAG